CCUCCUCCUCGCCUCGCCCUUCCGCGGAAUCGUGGUGCCGAUUUGUUGCGCCUGGCUGGCCUGUCAUCUCGAAGAACGCUGCCAGAGUCUGAAUUUGCCCCCUCUUCCCCUCCUCUACUCCUCCUCCCUCUUUGCAUUGUCCCAUUUCGGGCGGCUGAUUGGGGAUGUCAGCCCAUCGAUUUUGGUUCCCUUGCGGGCCGUCUGAUGUCCCCGCCGCGUGGCCGAUAGCGACACCAGGUGGGCCGGUAUGGAGCGAGAAGGGGCUCAAAGCUGUCCCGCGCCUCCUGGUGCAUCCUCCACCCCUCGUCUCUUUCCUCCCGCUCUCGCCUCCUGGAGGCGGUGCGCCGGCUAGCCCUGCCGGGGCCGGCCCGCUCUCCGCCUCCUCUGCCUGUCUCGUCCUCGCUCUCCCCCGAAUGCGGCGGCCCCACGGCUUGACCAUUAGUGGUGACGAUCAGUGCUUGCACUUCAGUUUGAGACAGCUUGUCAGGCAGCGAGUUUCGCGCCUAGUCGUGGUGUAGUUUCGCAGGUCGCUUGUUUAUCCGUCUUCAUCUUACCUCUCCCUCCUUUUUCGUCGUGCCGCCGCUGCCGUUGCUUUACAGUUUCUUUAUGUGUAACAUGUCCCGCGCUUAGCAAACGCGCUGUCCUCUGGCAGCUUGAAUGGAGCGUAGCCCGUUUUCUAAUUCGGUUUGAGCUGUGCAUUCCAAUAUAUCAGCAGGUACUGUGAUCUCUGUGUCCCGCUCUCCUCGUCCUUCUCCUCCUCGUUCUCUCCGUUUCCUUUUACUGUUUAUAAUUUUGGACGUACCAGCCUAUCCUCGAGUUGAGGCCCUGUUUGUUGCGUCGACGCUGUUGGGUAAUCCGCAGCAUCCGCAUUGCUCUCUUGCCUGGGGGGCUGUUCAAGCAGCUAUGGAGCCGCAGGGCUAGUGGCUCUGGAAAUGACAAAAAAAAGCAGGAUCCUACAGGGCCAGACCUGGGCUUGGGUGCAGGGCCUGCAGGGUCCUGCAAGGCCUGACUGCCCCGGGUUUGGGUGGAACGGGGCCAGUAGGUCCCGGACAGGCCCCCGGCGCCCGCCCCGCGAUUCCGGCGACACCCAGGCUUCGGCACCCUCCAAAAACAUCCCCGAAGGGUGCGCUGGCCACACCGCGUGGUGAGUCCGUGGGGAUUUGGAGUGACCGCACGGUUUUUGUUUGCACUCGGGUCGAUCUCUCCAAGGACGUCGACUGGGGCCUUCGAGGUUCCAAAUCCGCGCGGUGACGGCCCGUGCGGUGAGGCCUUCCGGGGUUCCGAGGUCCCCGCACGGGCUGUCACCGGACCGAUUCGGGCCCUCCCUUGUAAGGUCGUGGACCACGGGAAGUCUCUGCACGAUUUCGCGGACGACGGCAAGGACCUCGUGGUGGGCGAGGACAUGGCGGACCUCGACUGGCUCAACACGGGCCUGCUCCUCUGCCGCGCGGGCUCCGCCUGGGCACGCGGGCUGUGGGGCAGGGUGUGGUGCGAGGGCGACCAGGCCUUCCACCUCGGCGAGUUCUGGGACCAGAGCGGCCUCAUGAGCUGCCUCAGCUCUUGGGGGGAGCUGAGCCCGGACGUCAUCUCGAAAAGACUGGCAACCCGCCCCCCUCCCUGCCUUGGUUCAGUUGGGCUGGAGGGCCCCGGAGGAAGGAGACCGACCACAUCUGUGUUGUCGACACCGGUGGGUUUCAGACCAACAAUCCGCGGUUCGCGCAGUUUGCCUUCCACGCAGCAGGGAUGAAGGACAAGAUGCGCUGCUGCAGCUUCCUUGUGGAGGUCGGUGCCAUCCGCGGCCUGCACGUCCAGAGCUCCCCCAAGGCAUCGUGCGGCGUCGGCGACAAAGCUCGGUGGAGGGUUUGCUUCGAUAAGCUGAGGGCUGCCGAGCAUGCUGCUGGGAACCCCUUCGGAUGGCCCUGCGAGGCCCGGCGAGCCUGGCGGAACGAGAGGCCAGUAGCGCGGGUGAGUGCGACAGAUCCGGGCAAUUGGAGUGCGCCCGCGGUCCUUUCCUCGCCGCCUCCAGCGCCGUGGACCCUCACUGCGCUGCCUGGCGCCUGCUGCGCAGAAGUCACGGUGGACAUCGCGGACCGCGCGCCUGUCUUCGCCGACGACGCCCCGCCGGACGGCCGCCCACUGAGCUUCUCGUCGCGAGCGCGGCUCUGGGAGAUGGUCGACUAUGCUGCUGGCUACCCCCCGUCGCGGCAUGCCUUGCUUCGGGAGAUGGACGGCUCCCGCCUCUGGCGCACAGCCUGGAGGCCGUGGCGCGAGGCCGCCGGCGCCCCGGCGGCAACGCCGCCGCUGCGGUGGCCAGCGCAGCUCCGCCCGCCCGCGGAGCUUCUGCGGGAGGCCCGCGUGGAGGUGGCCCCGCCCGGCGCGGCCGCGCGCACGCACCGCCCCGGCGCCGACGUGGCGCUGUGGCUGCUGGACGGCGCGCUGCAGGCGGUGCUCCUGGAGCCGGGCUGCCCUGCGGCGGCCGCGCAGGCGGGCGAGGCCGCGGGGACGCGCGCAGCGGGGCACAGCGCCUACGACCCGUGGGCGGAUCCGGCCGCGGAGGUGCGCUCGGUGGUGGUGCGCGGGGGCGAGGCGCUGCUGGUGCCGGGCGGCUGGUGGCUGUCGACCCGCUGCCUGCGGCCGUGCUUGUCCGUCGUGGUGCCGCUGGGGCCGCAGCGGGCCGCUGGCGGCGAGGCUCCCUGGGGCGCGUCGCGCCACGCCGCGGCCGCGCUCGUCGAGCGGCUGCAGCGCAAGGAGGGCGGCGCCGCCAUAAAGCAGGUGCUCGCGGAGGGCAGGCCGGGCCCGGCGCCCGAGCCAGGGCGGCCGCCCCGCUUCAACGCCGUCUGCCACCUCGAGGUGUACCGCGGCGGCGGCGCCGAGCUCGAGCGGAGCACGAGGCGCGGCGGCGGGGGCCCGCAUGCCUUCUUCGUGGGCGCGGACAGGGCGCUGGGCCCGCUGGAGGCGGUGCUGCGCGGCAUGGCGGUCCACGAGCGUGCCCUCGUGGCCGUGCGCGGUGCGGGCGCGGGUGCAGGCGGCGGACCGCUGGCCGGUGACGCGGUCUUCGACGUGGAGCUGCUCGCGGUGUGCACGCCGCCGCCCCGCAGGGGCCCGCCGCUGGCGCCCUACGAGGCGGCGUGGGGCACGUGGUUUGGGCCCCCGGAGGGGUGGCGCCCACUGCCCCUGAGCGGCGCCUCGGCCGCCGCCAGCCGCUGGUCGGGCGGCGGCCCCUGCGCCCGCUGCUCCGCCGCGGCGGCGCCGCUGCGGUGCGCGCGGUGCCGGCGGGCCUGGUACUGCUGCGGGCACUGCCAGCGGGACGAUUGGCCGCUGCACAGGACUUCGUGCACAGGGGGCCCACAGAAGGAGCGGCGCGGCGGGGAGAGCUUCGGAUAACAGAUGCAGAUCGCGGGCGGCCUCGAGACGGUCCUCGCGAGGAGCGGCGUCAGCGUGACGGUGACCAUGCGGGCGGUCUGGGAUCCCGCCGGCGCGUGAGGUACGGCAGCGCCCGUGGCACGCGGAAAGAGUGGCGCCUCCUCUCCCGAGGAUGGGAGAUUUGAGGCUUGUGCUUGGGUUUUUUGGGCCUCCACAGAGUCGUCGGCGGCGGCUUGCGACAUCCCUGGCAGGGCAGGGCCAACCCAAUCGGUUGGUUGCCUUUUUGGGGUCUGGGGUGGCCUGGGCCAGCCUGCCCUCGGAGGCCCCAGGUGGUCGAGGUCGUGCCCUUGGCCCCGCCAGAGAUCCCCGACGGGGGCGCCUGGUCGUUGUCGACGUAGUCGGCGGCCAACGACAUCUUCGGCGGGGCAGGAGGCCACCCUCGAACUCGCCUCGAAGCCCCCGCCAGAGCUCGCGGGAGAGACCUGGAUCGCCGG